CCUCCUCCCUACAGGCUAGAGAGCUGCGUCUGUGAAAUUCAGUCGUGAACUUGAUUUAUUCGGUGCAUCACCAGUGCAAUAUUGUGCUAAUAAAACGCCUCCAUUUUGAAUUAAGGACAUAGGGUUUGAACGGUUCACACAUAUUGCGCAACCUUGAUCCACAAAGAUGGGUAAAGAGAAGACUCAUAUCAACAUCGUCGUCAUCGGCCAUGUGGACUCUGGAAAGUCCACUACUACCGGCCAUCUCAUCUACAAGUGCGGCGGCAUUGAUAAACGUACAAUCGAGAAGUUUGAGAAAGAAGCUCAAGAGAUGGGCAAGGGCUCCUUCAAGUAUGCUUGGGUAUUGGACAAGCUAAAGGCGGAACGCGAACGCGGUAUCACCAUUGACAUAGCUCUCUGGAAGUUUGAAACCAGCAAAUACUACGUCACCAUUAUUGAUGCUCCCGGUCAUAGAGAUUUCAUUAAGAACAUGAUCACGGGUACUUCCCAGGCUGAUUGCGCAGUACUGAUCGUGGCAGCCGGAACUGGCGAGUUCGAAGCCGGUAUCAGUAAGAAUGGACAGACUCGCGAACACGCCCUGCUUGCUUUCACUCUUGGCGUAAAACAACUUAUUGUCGGCGUGAAUAAAAUGGACUCUACCGAACCGCCUUACCAUGAGGCUCGCUAUGAAGAGAUUAAGAAAGAAGUGUCUUCUUACAUUAAGAAAAUUGGUUACAAUCCCGCUACUGUGGCGUUCGUACCGAUAUCUGGCUGGCACGGUGACAACAUGCUGGAGCCCUCUGAUAAGAUGCCUUGGUUCAAGGGAUGGACCAUUGAUCGCAAGGACGGCAAAGUCGAGGGAAAAUGUCUCAUCGAGGCGCUAGAUGCGAUACAGCCUCCGUCACGGCCAACUGAGAAGCCCCUUCGCUUGCCUCUUCAGGACGUGUACAAGAUAGGAGGAAUCGGAACGGUGCCAGUUGGACGAGUAGAGACGGGAAUUCUCAAGCCUGGUAUGGUUGUGGUAUUUGCUCCGGCAGCUAUUACCACCGAAGUUAAGUCUGUUGAGAUGCACCACGAGGCACUCCAAGAGGCGAUGCCCGGCGAUAACGUCGGCUUCAACGUCAAGAACGUAUCGGUGAAAGAAUUGCGUCGCGGCUAUGUUGCUGGCGAUUCUAAGAACGCACCACCCAAAGGCGCUUCCGACUUCACUGCUCAGGUGAUUGUGCUCAACCACCCGGGACAAAUCAGCAACGGGUAUACUCCGGUGCUUGAUUGUCACACCGCUCAUAUCGCCUGCAAGUUCGCCGAGAUCAAGGAGAAGUGCGACCGCCGUACCGGAAAAACAACCGAAGUGGAUCCAAAGUCGAUCAAGUCUGGAGACGCAGCCAUCGUGACUCUGGUGCCAACAAAGCCCCUGUGUGUCGAAUCCUUCCAGGAGUUCCCUCCGCUCGGUCGGUUUGCUGUGCGCGACAUGCGUCAGACUGUCGCCGUGGGUGUCAUCAAGAGUGUGACAUUCAAAGAAGUGACUACUGGUAAAAUUACCAAAGCCGCCGAGAAGGCCCAGAAGAAAAAAUAACUAUGGGGCACAUUAAAAAAUAUCUUGCAGCCAGUAACCAUCGUCUGCGGAGCUGCAACGUUUUCCUUCUUCAAUUUCCCUUUUGUCAUCGUGUUUCCCCUGCGACUAUGUCGGGAACGUUUUCUGCGCACACUAGAGAACGUUAUUGGGCACAGGGCGCCGUACCGCGAACAGCCCCCUGAGGCUGGUUAUAUGGCGCAACAAGUGACCCCGCCGAGCCCCUCGACAUCGCUGCCCCCUAAUCGUGCGCAAUUCCCCGUAGUAGUAUCUCCUCUACAUCGGAGCUUCUUCACUGGUGACAACACGCUCGUCAUAUACUUAUGCAUUUAUCGUAGUAUGAUAAUUUUUAAUUUAGUUCAAUUAAGUUACUCUUACGCUUUAAGUUUAUGUGUUUGUGAUUACUUUAGUCUUAAGAUAUUCGCCAAGUUUGAGUUCCCGUAUCUUGAAGCUCGUCACGUUUUAUUUUUUCAUCGUAAAGAGUUUAGGAGGAAAGGCAAUGGAGUGGUUGUUGAAUUUUUAAACCGUUUCUACACAUAGAUAGAUUUGAAGUUGAUAACAAAUUUUGUUCGUGAUUAAAUUUACAGUUCAUUUACUACAAUGACAAUUAUUUUGGAAAGCAGUUUAACAAAGCAUCUUAAUAUUUUUCAAACAUUUUAACAUGGUAAUUGAACUAACAUCCGUUUCAAGAUUGAACGAGACAUUUUCGGUAAGUUAAUUACGCUAGAAUGAGGUUAAAGUGCGUUGACAUCUUGUAUUAUAAAGGAGUUGGUUGUAAAUCAACUAUUUGUAGUUAGCAGAAAGAGUAAAGCGUUAAAAACGUUUUGAAUUAGAUUUUUGAAAAAUGUUUGUAAGAUGGUAAACAAUUUUGGUUCCUAAUAAUAGGAUUUUCUCUGUAAAAUUUUUGUUUAAAGGUUUAAAUAUUCAAUGUGAAUCAGUCCAUUUUUUUGUUAUGAAUUUUAAUACCUACGUAAUUAUAAUUGAAAUAUCUCGUUGUACAUGUAACUUUGUAAUUAUUCCAAUAAUUUACACUUUAAUCCUGAUAAACCAAUAAAGAAGCUACUGGUACUGU